GAAUUUUUUGUUGGAUGAUGGUCUGAACAUUUCCACAAUGGUGUCAGACAGGCAUCAAACCAUUGCUAAAUACAUGAGAGAGAAACAACCAAGAAUUACCCACUAUUUUGACCUAUGGCACUUGAAAAAAAAGUUACACAAGGUAUUGAACAAACUUGCAAAAGAGGCAGAUUGUGAAGAACUGGCCGAAUGGGUAAAGCCAUGCAUUAAUCAUUUUUAUUGGAGUGCUACAUCAACACAUUCAGGAAAUGGUAUGGUUAUACUUGCAAAAUUCAAGUCAUUCCUGAGUCAUGUCAUUGACAAGCAUGAUGGAUUAGAUGAUCCAUUGUAUGAUAAAUGUGCUCAUGGUGAACUGACUCCAAGAAAGUGGAUUCUUCCUGAUUCUCCAGCUUACAUAAAGCUAAGAGAUGCAAUGCUUAACCAGUCCUUUGUAAAGGGCAUUAAGCAAGCUUCUCCUUUGAGCAAACUAGUUGUUUGGAAGGAUUCCACUCAACCAUAA